AUGGAAAGAGUAUCUGAGCAAUUAGAGUGUUCAGACACUGCCAAAUUUAAGUAUGCAGACUCACUGUUACAAAAAGAUGCUUAUGACUGGUGGGUAAGUGUACCGAAUGCCAAGGCAAAACCUCCUGUUCUUACUUGGAAUGAUUUUGUGAAAGAAUUUCAUAUGAAGUAUGUCCCACCUGCUUAUAAUGAUGUAAAGAAAAAGGAGUUCUUGAAUCUAGAGCAAGGGAGUAUGUCUAUUGCUGAAUACCAACAGAAGUUUCUCAGGCUUUCUCGUUAUGCUGGCGGUAUUAUUAAUAACGAAAAAGAUAAGUGCAGGCGAUUCGAAGACAGAUCGACAAGGAACAAGCUAGUAGAAAUGAAAAUAAGUUCAGAAAAGCUGAUGCACAUUAAGGAGGUCCAUCUAAAAGGGGAAGGUUUGACAAUUCCAAAGCCGGUGGUGUUCACAAGUCAGCCCGGUAAGCAAAAUAGAUCAAAUUUCUCUACUGCUAGCACUCCAAGCUAUGGCCAAGGCAAGAGUCGUAUACCCACUUGUGCACAAUGUGGAAAGAAUCACUCUGGUACUUGUAGGAGAGCUUCUGGUGCUUAUUUUAAUUGUGGGAGCCUCGAUCAUAAAGUGAAGGAUUAUCCUAAUCCUAACCCUACUUCUUCUCCGCGUACGGAAGGCUCAGUUCAGAAACCUAUUACCACUCCUUCUCAAGGGAAUAGAGGUGCAAGAUCUAGAAACAUACAAGCAACAGGUGCAGGUGGAGCCAAUCAAGCUAGUGGGUUAAGAGUUACAGCAUGA